UAAAUAAACAACAACAACAACAACAUUAUUUUAGAAUUCAUCAACAUUGAAUUUAUUUAUUUCAAUUCACAAAAAAAUAAUGUUUGGAACUGGAAUGGUAAUGGUGUUUGAUACAGAAAUUUUGUAUAUAGUUGGUGUUUCAACAAUCGGUGUUGUUUCAUUGGCAUAUGUUUUGUUUGGUUUUUCAACUGAUUCAUCGAAAAAAAAAUUAUAUAUUCGUGGUUUGAAAAAUGUUAAAAAUAAUUGUUUUAUUAAUUCAAUAUUACAAUCAUUGGCCAGUAGUGAUUCAAUGGUACAAUGGUUAAAUCAAACAGCUACAACACGAAUAAAUAAUAAUAAUAAUAAUAAUAAAGAUAAUUUUAAUCUUAUUCGUCAAUUAUCAUUCAUCUGCGAUAAAAUCAAUAAUAAAAUUGACUGCGAUCGUUCGGAAAUACUUUCACCUGAAGGUGUACUGGAUUCACUGCGAAAACAUCGUUGGAUGUUUUCGGCCGAUGAACAGGAUGCAUUCGAAUUAUUUAGCGUUUUGCUUACAACACUUGAUUUUGAAUCUAAUCAAUUAUCAUUAGCAUUAUCGAUUCGUGAUAGUGUACAAUCAUCAAAUAAUCAUCAUUGUGAUCAUCAAAACAAUACUCUAAUGGAUGAAUUUAAUAAUAAAAGUAAACUUAUUACACGUAUCAAUAAUCCAAUGAUAGAAUCGAUGGAUAAAAUUCUACGUAAUUCAAAAAAUUCAUUACCCACUCGUGGUAUACUGUCAAAUCAUUUAAAAUGUCAAAAUUGUCGACGAAAUUAUCCAAUACAUUUGGAAAUUUUUAAUUCAAUAUCCCUAAGUCUUCCAACAUUAUCAUCAUUACAGCUAGGAUCAUCCAUUCCGUUGGAAAUGUGUUUGAAUAAAUUUUUAACCGAAGAAGAAAUUGAUGAUUUUCAUUGUCAAUAUUGUAAUCAAAAAUCAAAAUUUUCUAAACGAAUUGAAUUGAUAAAACUACCUCGUUUGCUUUGUUUUCAUGUACAUCGUUUAGUUUGGCUGGAAUGUCAACAAACCAAAAGAGUUGAACAUAUAAAAUUUCCUGAAGUUUUAAUAAUGGAUCCAUUUAAACAUAAUUCGAUAAAAUUUAGCAAUAAAAAAGAUCGAGAACAACUGAAAUCUUCUGCUGGUGGUGAUAUCGGAAAACAGCAGCAAUCGAUAAGUCAUGAAGGAAUUUCAGCUCAAUAUAUUUAUAUACUUAAUUCGGUUAUCGUACAUUUGGGUAAUAAUCAUUCUGGUCAUUUUGUUUGUUAUCGAAGAUCUAGAUCUCCAACACCAUCACCAACAACAUCAACCACCACCGCCACCACAACCAUCAACGAUAAUGAUUGUCGUUCAUUAAUGAAAAGUAAAUGGUUUAAAACAUCGGAUCUUUUGGUGAAAGAAGUGAAUAAAAAAGAAGUAUUUGCAAGCUGUGCAUAUAUGUUAUUUUAUGAAAAAAUUAAAAAAGAAUCUUUUUUGUUAAAAAAAGAUCAAAGUUGAAAAAUAUUUAUAAAAAAAAACUUUUUU